AUAAUAAUAAAAACAUAUCAAUAGGUGUUUCAUUUUAAUGACAUGACUCUGGCCAUACUGGGCUUCUUGGGCUCAUUUCUUGAGAUGUUAGCACUGGCACUCAUACUUAAUCCGAUGGGCUAUUUUGUAUCGAUGAUAGUGACAACCACAUCGAGUUUUGGUCCAAUUGGUCUCAAAACACAUUUGUCUAAAAUUGUCGAUCCGUCAGAGUUGGGCAAAGUGUUCACAUUGAUGGCCGUCAUCGACGGUUUUGCGCCAAUCAUUGCCGCCUCAGUAUUCACAUUCGUAUUUCAGAUGACCAUCGAUCAGAUCCCUGGCCUCUGUUUUCUUAUAUUAGCAGUGUUUUCAGUUAUACCGUUGGCCAUAGCGAUGUUCAUCGACUUGACUGACAUGAAGCGCAUUGAAUGCAAUAAUAAGACAAUCAAAAAGUUCAAUCAAUAUGACAGCAUUGAGAACGGGUAUAUACGACUGGCCGAAGAGUAUAUGGGCUCAUCGUAUGGCAAAAAGUUUCAACAAAUAAAGACUAAAAAUUUAGGUUCAGAUAGUAAUGGUGUAUUAGAUUCGGGUAUUGAAACAGUCGACACACAGAGUAUGACAACCACUGUAGACACCGCCAGUUGUCGAAGUUGAUC